AUGAAGCAUGAGACACCCGAACAACGACGAUCGAGGGAAAGGAGGAAGAGGCGAGGCAAGGCUAUAGGCGAAAUUGGAGAACCAAUAGGUGCUUUGGCAGGCCUGGCUGUUGAUAGCUCUGGAGGUGGAGGAGGGGGUGGCGACGCAGGGGGCGGUGGGGGCGGGGGAGGAGGAGGAGGCGGAUGUGGUGGGGGUGGGGGAGGAGGGGGCGGUUCUUGA